CUUUACACUCCAUCUCGGCACAUCAGCAUAGAUGAAAGCCUAAUUGGAAGGAAAAAUCGUAGCGUUUUCAUCCAAUAUAUGCCAAAUAAGAGACAUGCUCGAUUUGGAAUUAAAAAAUAUCAACUGUGUGACAGCAAUGGCUAUGUGUUCCAUAUAGAAAUGUACAGUGGAAAGGACUUUGACAUUAGGCAUGAUGAAGCCCAAGCCUUUGGAGUGGUCUAAACCCUCAUCACCCAGAGUAACUUACUCAACAAGGGCUACCAUUUAUUCACUGAUAACUUUUACACAAAACCAAAACUGGCAGAAUAUCUGUACCAAAAUAAAACUCUACUAACUGGCACUGUCAGGGCCAACUCUAAAGGUAUGCCGAGGACAAUG